AUGAAUGCCUCAGCAACGAUCCGUGCUUCGUACAUCCGCCAGGCGCGGAUGAGCAUGACCCCUCGUCCACAUAGCAUAUCGGAGACGUUAUCAAUCGAUCUUCAACCACGCCCCGCUUCAACCGAGAAGCUCCAAUCCUUCGUUCAUGUCGACCACAUUGAACACCGCGAAAAGUGCCACUCCGAGCGUACUUCACAGCCUACCUUCUUCGAUGUCGAACGCAACGCCGAUAACAGCCAAGCAUACAUCGACGACCGCUAUCUCGACACCACUUCGGUCAUGGAAUGGGACAACAACAGCUCUUUUAAAGUGCGGCUAAAAUCCAUGUUCACAGUCUUUCCUUACCGCGACCCUAUCUACCUCGUUGCGAUCAUCUUCCUCAUCGGUUCCAUCGACCUCGUCAUCAACGCCACCUUCGAUCUACUACCUCGCCUCAACCCCUCCACGGAGUUCGAAACCGAAGAGACUGUCGCCGUCCCUAGUACGAUAUUGAUCGGAUCGAUCUUCUUCUUCGUCGCAGGCAUCUUCGACACCUUCAGUGCUUUGAAUGCGGACCGCGGUACGCUCGAAACCUCAAAGUUGGAGCCUGAGAAAGUUAGAUACCGGCCAGCGCUCCUUGGCACACCGGAGUUCAAGUGGAUACCGUCAUGGGAGAAGGUUUGGGAGUUGUCGGCCACCAACUUGGCCUUCCAGGCUGGUCUCAUCGUUCUCUUUGGGGGCAUCAUCUUUAUGUUCGCUGGCAUCGUCGACUUCCCCGGCGUCGUCCCGGAAGAAGACCCUCUCUUUGGUUAUAUCGUUUUCGGGCCGCAGGUGAUACACGGCGCGCUCUUCUUGGUCGCGAACGCUAUGCUAGCGUUUUCCGAACAGGAGCGCUGGUACAAGCCCAGGUUCUUUCACUCGGAUUGGCAGAGCGCCAUUCUCAAUGCGCUUGGUGGGCUCGGCUUCAUGAUGGCUGGUUUCUUUCUCUUUCAGGCCGCCAAGAAGAUUGGACCGCUUCAAAGUACCGUCGACAAUUUCACCUUUACUGCAUGCCCCAAGGGACACGGAGCCCGGCGUGUAAGACUAAGGGCGCAACUGCGACGAGCUAAGGAUCGUCUGUAUCACACCGCUGUUGAAUGCUCCCGUCUAGAAUCCCCACCAAUACUACAGGCCGUGCAAGAUCACCUACCGCGAGAGCUGCGUGACAUGGUCUACGCCGAGCUGAUGGAUUUCGAGAACCCGCCGUUUGACGUCUGGUUGGAGGGUAGUGGAUACGUACUGAAGACGACCAACAAACCACGCUCUACAUUUUUCCACCGGACCAACAUGGCAGCUAGUGUCGUCGAUCGAGGCCAAGAUCCUUACUACAUCGAUCCAUCCAUCGUCGGCAAAGAGUCAGCUCUAGAGAUCCUACAACUUCGUUACCGACGUGGCCAAUUCAAUAUCCACCACGACGCGCUAAUAAACAGGGUUCUCAACCAAGAUGCAUGGAAGCAAGACAUCGUACCAAAACGCUGGCUCUCCAAAAUCAGCAUCUACAUGCCCGAGGACAUUUACCAGGUUGAAGAGCGUAAAACUCUACUCCGUCAGCGCUUCGACCUACUACAGCAACUCACCAAUACCCGAGCACGUAUCCAAGUGAUCUUCCCUAGCAAAGAGAUGUACUGGCAUCUCCAAAUUGGUCCUACGCGUAAAGGAUAUGAGUGUCUACUUCCCACCAACCCAACUAUACGCCAAGCCAUGUUAGCUACUACCGAACGACUAUCAGUCUCGAAUGUUGGGACCGAGAUCGAUGCCGCUGUUCAUAACGAGAACGUUCAUAUCAUCAUGGAGGCCAUAUUCCCGUGCCUGACGACCUUGAAGGCUCGAGGCCACCAGAUUCACUUGGACGAUAGGAUUAGCGGGUGGACAUGGACGGUGGGGGAGGGAAGCGCCACAUUCGCUGAUGCCUGGACUAAUCGAAGGCAGUUUCGUAAGGAUGGCAGUCUACAUGUCAUUGCGGAGAGACUGAGAGCUGAGAAGGAACGAUUUGACUCUACGCUGCAAGAGCUGAAAUCGUGGAAAGAAAAGCAGCUUUCGACUCUCGAGGACAUCGAGAAACGACUUGAUCCAAAAUCUCAAAGCGGCCCACCGUCCCUCGCCGACCCGACCAGCAAGGACACAGCUACAUUGAAGCUCGGUUUGGCAGAGCGUCGUAUCAACGCAGAGCUUCGGAAGCGUUCCGAGGUUGAACCGAAGGAACUGUACAUCCACCAGACGCUCGCGGAUGUCCUCAGAGAAUACGCCAAGCUCGUACACCCCAGUCUCCUCGACAGAAUUUUCGGAUUGCUACCAUCAGGGAAGCUACCACGGGAGGUUAGGGACAUGGUAUACGACCAUGUACUCCCUAGGGAGAACACUUACACUAUCAAGUUAGCAACAGACAACACUGGCUUCUCCAUCCACAAAGGAGCAUCGGACGGUAUUAUACCUACUCCACCAGUCGGCUGUCCAUACCCCAUGAUAUCAACCACCCACCCACUAGCAGAUGAGAUCCUCGAAAGAUUCCAUUGGAGAACGACGUUCAUCAUUCAGAAGUACAUGUGCGCACAGCCGUUGUCUAUCCACCAUAUUAUCGCAAAGCUUCCGUGGUGGUCGAACAUCGAUGCAAGUGUACUCCCCGAAAACAUCGCCGGCCGCAUCACCUUCGUCAUGCGUUUUGACAAUAGUUGGAGGAUUGAGUCAGAUAUGGAGGAGACUAUUGGAGAUUUAAGAAAGAUCUUGAGCUCAGCCAGUCUCGGCGUAACUGUCUCUCUUUCGAUUUUUCCUGCUGAUAGUAAGCGCGGCGCUGAGUUCCUCGAUCUAGCAAAACCACUCUUGCUUGAGUUGCAGGAGAAGGGCCACGAGAUUCGCAUGAUCGACUUGACUUGUUGGACAAAGAUGCACAGAUGCAAAGAGCCACCAACAUGA